AUGGGGCAAUUGUUGCUUCUCAACGUGACCGUACAGAGGAGCCUUGGGGCUGUGCAGGUGUUGAUUUCGCCUGAAUCGACGGUCGGUGAUCUGAUUGCGGCGGUUCUCCGGCAAUACGCCAAGGAAGGCCGGCGAUUGAUCUUGCCUUCCACAGAUCCCUCCGGCUUCGAUCUCCAUUAUUCGCAAUUUAGCUUAGAAAGUUUAGAUCGGGAGGAGAAGCUGGCGGCGUUGGGAUCGAGGAACUUUUUUCUUUGCCCGAAGAAGUACGCACCCGACGCUGAAAGCGGAGGUUGCGUGACGACGGCGUCGUGUUCUAAAGAAGCUGAAAAAGCAAACAGGAUUGGACUUCCAUGGCUCAAGUUCUGAUUCUGAUUCUCAUUUGAUUACAGCCUAUUGUUCUCUCAUCAUCACUGUGAAAUUUAGGCGGUGCACGAACCGGCGGC